UAAUGUAAUCAAGUGUCUAAAAAUCUUAGAUUAUUAAACGAAGCACUUUUUUGAAUUAAUCUUAAGCAUUUACAACAGCUAGUCGAACUAGUUCUGCAUUUAAAGAUAGUAGUGAUAAAAAAGAAUUAAGAAGGUAAGUUUAUGUAUUUAAUAUUAUAGAUAUCCAACAGAGUGGGUAGAAUAAAUAGAUAAUAAAUCAGAUAAUAAAUUUCAUCAUACAAUCUUGAAUAAAAGUAAGGAAGAUCAUAAUCCAAAUUUGGCAUCACCUAGUAAAAUAUUUGGAAUUUAAGAUGGGUAUUAUAUAUUGUAUUAUAAUUAUAAGUAACAAUCCAAGUAGAUUUCAUACUUAGAAUGAUGAUAUGUUAACAUCAUUUAGAAGAAAGAACUAAUCACUUGGAAAUUUAGGAAGUUGGUAAUUUUUAUCACCUUCUACUUAAUCUAAUACAAAAGAUAAUAGUAAAACAAUAACUCAUUCAUUUUCAAAAAGAUUAGAUCUAGCAGUACCAUUAUCUGAAUUAUUGGAAAUCUCAAGAUAAUUGGAUUGUUCAUAACCAGAGGAAAUAAAAUAAUUAUCAAGAGGAUAUGUUAAUGAACUUUUCUCAUUGUCAUAAAGAAUAGAUAGAGCACUUAGAAAUAUUAGCAGAUGAA